CAUAUAUAAGUCUACGCAGUGGCCAAACUUCAAUUGGUCCGAGCAGUCCACAACAUAAGGUACUCAACUGCUGCACUUCUUUCCCUUUUCUCACAAGGCCAAGAGAGAACCCAGAAACUCAGAGCCGAAGACUGAUCAGUUUUCUCAGAAAGAGAGAGAAGGAGCCAUGAACAAAAGGAACUUGUUACUGCUGAAGAUCCUUCUGUUUCUCUUUGCCUUAAACUCUCUCUCUCUCUGCCUCUACUUCACUUCUCACUCCAGAACAUUAACUCCAAGCCAAACCGACACCCAAGCCCGCCAUUCUUUGUCCCUGAACCGCCUCCCCUUAACAGAUCAAAAUCGCCACCCGUACCGCUAUUCGAAGCCAUGGCCUAUUUUGCCCUCUUACCUCCCUUGGUCUCAGACAACCCAAGUUCCCUUUCGCUCCUGCGAGGCCUAUUUUGGCAAUGGGUUCACUAACAGAGUCGAUCUCUUAAAACCCAAGAAGGAUUUGACCUUGAAUCGCAUGGGUUGGUUCAAGUGCUGGUUCAGUGAGACCUUGAGAAGCUCAGUAUGUGAAGGAGGGGGGCUCAGAAUGGACCCAGGGAAGAUUAAAAUGUCAAGAGGUGGUGAGAUUUUGGAGGAGGUCAUUGGGAGACGAGAGGAAGAGGAGCUGCCUGAGUUCCAAACCGGUGCCUUUCAGAUAGACGGAGGAGAUGGGAUUAGUGGAGAGGAUCAAAGGCUUGUGACCCAAGAGUUUCUUGAUGAGUAUGUGCCUCAUGGUGAGAUUGAGAAACACACCAUGAGAGAACUGAUUGGGUCUGUUCGGAUCGUGCCCACCACAGAGCUUCAGUGCAAUGAGUGGAUUGAGGAGCCAACACUUCUGGUGACACGCUUUGAGUAUGCAAAUCUUUUCCACACAUUCACGGAUUGGUAUAGCGCUUAUGUAGCUUCAAGAGUCACUGGCUUACCUAAUCGACCUCAUUUAGUCUUUGUAGAUGGACACUGUGGGGCAUCUCUGGAAGAAACAUGGAAAGCAUUAUUUUCUAGCCUUAGAUAUGCUAAAAACUUUAGUGGUCCAGUUUGUUUUCGUCAUCUUAUUCUCUCACCUUUGGGAUAUGAGACUCCACUCUUUAAGGGGCUGAUUGAAGAUAUAAAUUGUCAUGGUGCAUCUGCACCCGACCUGUGGCAACACCCUGAUGACCAGAAAACUGCGCGAUUAUCAGAGUUUGGUGAAAUGAUUAAAGCCGCUUUUGGAUUUCCAGUGCAUAGACAUCGUAUUGAGAAGCCAGCCUCAGGUCAUAAUGUCCUUUUUGUUCGACGUGAAGAUUAUCUAGCCCAUCCACGUCAUCAUGGUAAAGUUGAGUCGAGGCUAAGUAAUGAACAAGAAGUGUUUGAUGCCUUAAAGAGCUGGGCAUCUAAUCAUAAGGAAUGCAAAAUAAACCUUGUGAAUGGACUGUUUGCACACAUGUCCAUGAAAGAGCAAGUCCGGGCCAUUCAAGAUGCUUCUGUUAUUAUUGGUGCUCAUGGUGCAGGUCUCACACACAUAGUAUCUGCAAUGCCAAAAACCGUGAUUCUGGAGAUUAUUAGCAGUCAAUAUAGACGGCCACAUUUUGCAUUAAUUGCCCGGUGGAAAGGGCUGGAAUAUCAUGCCAUUAAUCUUGAGGGGUCAUUUGCCAGUCCACCAUUUGUUAUUGACAAGCUUAACAACAUAAUGAGAAGUCUUGGGUGCUGAAAAUUAUAUGGUUUUGGCGGAAACAAAUCCAUCUCAAUGCUGGGAAGCGGGAGUGAUUGAGAAUCCUUUCUGCUUUCUGUGUCUGUUCCAUGUACCACCAUUUCUGCUUCCUCAGGAGCUAAGGCCGUUUUACACAAUUCAGAUAGAAGCUUAUUUUACUGAAGAUAGAGUAGAUAACCAUUGUUCUUGGACAAUUGAUCUGUAAUUUUAGGAUUUACCUUGUGAAACUUAAAAUGUGGCUACCUAAGCAAUGGUAUGGGAAACUUCAAGGGGUUGGCCUCACUUUGCAAAGAGAUAUGGGCAUUGUGCAAGAUUGGCCAAAAAUCAGCUGAGGGAGGUAAAAUAGUUUGUAGAUGUGUGCGGGUAUGGUAUGAUCCCUUGACACCCAAAAUCAUUGUGUUUUUGAGUUCAUUUCUCAGGUAAAUCGCCUGACCGGUUGAGGCAUUGUGUUGCUUGUAGUAUACUGAUUCUUUUCUACUCACACCAUAUCAUCUUGUACAACAGAUUAAAGCGUGUAGGAUUGUAUCCGAUUUUUGUUAUAUACUAAUAAAUUUGUUUC